CCAAAAUGCAAUCAUUGCCUCGCAGCAAUUCGUCAACGAAACAUCCCGAAAAGCAACCAGCGUUACUACCACAAAGGAUUACCAACUAUCUCAGGGGAUUACACACACUUAGUGACACAAACACAUCACAACCAAUCGCCAUGUUCGUCCAGCAAGUGCUAGUUAGCUGCCUGAUCCUGGUGGCUCUGACCCAGGCCCGUCCCCAGUACGGUUACGAACAGCCCAGUUCGGAGCUCUUCAUUGGUGGUGGCUCCUCUCCGGUUGGCAGUGUCGGAAUCGGUGGUGGUUCGUCCGGUAUCGGUGGCGGUCUCGUCAGCAUCCAGCCACAUCGUGGUGGUGACAAGUACCUUCCCCCAGCCAGUACCACCCAGGCACCGAUUAUCAACAAGAAAUUCUAUCUGGUAUCCGCUCCCGAGGAUCACAGCAACGAUGGCAAGGUAAAGCAUCUGGUCCUGGGUCGUCCACAGAAGAACUACCGUGUGGUCUUCAUCAAGGCUCCAGCUGGCGAUAAUGCCAACGUGAAGUACUCUGCCGAAUUCGCACCACAGGAGGAGAAGACCGUCAUCUAUGUGCUGAGCAAGAAGGACAACGAUGUGGAUGCCAGUGAUAUUGCCACACCAGCACCCACACAGCCCAGCAAGCCGGAGGUGUUCUUCAUCAAGUACAAGACCGACGACGAGGCCAAGCAGGCACAGCAGGAGAUCCAGGGUCAGUACGAUAAGCUGGGUGGCACCAACGAAUACCAGGAGGACAACAAUGCUCCUAUCACCUCGGUGAUUGGCAGUCUCGAUGGUCUGAAUCCCGAUGGUAGCUACAACUACCGCCAGAUUGCCAACCGCCCGGCGGCUGUGGCGCCCAACGCACAGUAUCUGCCCAGUCUGCUGAAGCACUAGAGGAUUAGCACCUGCUGCACACCACUGCAUCACCCAUAUAUCAGAAAAUCAGAAACGAAAACCCAUUCCCGUGUUGCAUAUUUUUAAGGAAUCACUCAAUAUUUUUUUCUAUUUUUUUUUUUUGUUGU